GUGAAGGAGGCGCUGCAGGAAAAUGGCGGCGUCGAACAACCCGCGGAAAUUCAGCGAAAAGAUCGCGCUCCACACCCAGAAACAGGCCGAGGAGACGGCCGCUUUCGAGGAGGUGAUGAAGGACCUGAGUAUUACCCGGGCGGCAAGGUUACAGUUGCAGAAAUCUCAGUAUUUACAGUUGGGACAGGGCCGGGGUCAGUACUAUGGAGGCUCCCUUCCCAACGUCAACCAGAUUGGGAGCACCACUCUGGACCUCCCUUUUCAGACUCCGUUCCAAUCAACUACCUUGGACACGAGUAGAUCAACCAGACAUCAUGGCUUGGUUGACCGGGUCUACAGGGAUCGAAAUCGACUGGGAUCACCGCACCGCCGUGCCAUUCCUGUUGACAAACACGGGCGCCAGGCAGACAGCUGUCCAUAUGGUUCGGUCUAUCUGUCGCCCCCAGCUGACACCAGCUGGCGAAGGACCAAUUCAGAUUCUGCUCUACACCAGAGCACGAUGAAUCCCACUGCACAGGAUCCAUUUAAUGGGGGCUCCCAAGAAACGCAAGAGCAGCAUAAGCGAGUGUUAUUGUUAACGGUUCCUGGGAUGGAAGAGACUACGUCUGAGACUGAUAAAUCACUAUCCAAACCGCUGUGGGACAACAAAAAGUCUGUAUCAUCACGGCCGAAAUCAUGUGAGGUCCCAGGAAUCAAUAUUUUCCCAUCCGCAGACCAGGAAAAUACCACAACACUGAUGCCUGUUGCUCAUAACACCGGAGGAUCCCUGCCAGAUCUCACAACCAUUCACUUCCCGCCACCUCUUCCUACUCCACUAGAUCCAGAGGAGUCAACGUUCCCAACCCUGAGCAGUGCAAACAGCACUGGAAACCUGGCAGCAAAUCUGAACCAUCUAGGCCUCAAUAGCAACAGCCAGGGCCUGACAUCAUCACAGGGGUCAUUGCCAGGGUCUCUCCAGAACCGACAACCAACCGUGACACCCCUCACUUUACCAGUCAGCACAGACUCACGGAGACAACAACUUCAGCUAUCACCAGCUCUCUCCCCACUCUCUCCAAUAACACAGGCUGUUGCUAUGGAUGCAUUGGCAUUGGAGCAGCAACUUCCUGCAUAUCCAUUUUUCACGCAGCAGACUACGCAGCCACAGUCUCAGAGCUCCAGCAACUUGGCUCAGAGCUCACAGGCACAGCAGCAAAGUAGUGGUCAACAACAGACAGCCACAAUGCCACAAUCCCCUCCAGUGAACCAAACGCAGGCACCGAUAGGGAUGGAUAUCAGCACGGCUUCCCUCCAUCAGUACCGCAGUAAUGCUGGAUCUCCAGCCAACCAGUCUCCCACCUCCCCUGGAUCCAAUCAAGGCUUCUCUCCAGGCAGCUCCCCUCAAACAUCCAUACUUGGGAGUGUCUUUGGAGAUUAUUAUGAGCAGCAACUCACAAACAGACAAGCCAACUCCCUGUCUCAUCAGCUUGAACAAUUCAAUAUGAUUGAGAGCCCAAACAGCACCAACAGCUUGUACAACCAAAUCUCCACCUUGAACUACUCACAGGCAGCAAUGAUGGGGCUGACAGGGAGCCAUGGAAGUCUUCAGGAUUCACAGCUCAGUUACGCCAAUCACGGAAAUAUCCCCAACAUCAUUCUAACUGUGACAGGAGAGUCUCCCCCCAGCCUGACAAAGGAGCUGACCAAUUCGCUUGCAGGUGUUACAGAUGUGACCUUUGACACCGACUCCCAAUUUCCUCUUGAUGAACUAAAAAUUGAUCCCUUAACAUUGGAUGGUCUGCACAUGCUGAAUGAUCCGGACAUGGUGCUGACAGACCCUGCUACAGAGGAUACUUUCCGCAUGGAUCGUCUGUAGACAAGGACACUGAGACCUAAGACAAAUCAGGGAAGCAGGCCAAAAACCCGCCAGGGAGCGGAAAUUGAGUGAACGAGUGCAAUUGGUGGAAUGAUGUUAAAGUGAGAGCGUAACGUGCAAUGAAUUCCGCUUCUUGUUCCAAGCUUGCAACUCUGCGAUCCUGAAUGAACCAAGUAUAGCGCUUUCAGCUAUGUGGCGCACUCCUUCAUUGCAGCGUUUCAUUGACUCCAUCACAUCCCUGGGCCUCUUGUUUUAUUUUCCGUUCUCCUAUUUAUAUUGUCCUCAUGGUAACGGUGGGCUGUCAGUGCAUCGUUAUUAUUGGCAGGUUUACAUGUAAUUUGGAGUCUACCCAUGAGGUAACAACUGACAGUAAAACUCGGCAGCUCCAGGCCAGCAGUACGGUGAUGUUAUUAUUUAUCCUGAAGUCACCAGUCUGACAUUUCUUUCAGUGCGCUGUUGCCAUUGUAUUUUCUGUGCUGCUCGAUUCUUAUUUAUAUUUUUAUAUUUGUCAGUGAUUUUUUUCUCCUGCCCCAUUCCUUUUCACUGUGCUUGUGUUCAGCAAAAGCCACUGCCUUGUUGUAUGUUGCUAAGAAAGUGAACAAGAAACUGAUCUGACACAAGAGCUAAGUGCAUGGACAGAAAUUGUAUUACAGCCAAUAUUUAGAGGGGCAUGCUUUCUUGCUCCUGUUUGUGUCCCUUUCCUUUAUGUUUCUCCAUCGGAUUUUAAAAAAGAAUGUUGACAAUGUGUGCCAGUCCGAGAUUAGUUUGCUGCCAGCUCCUUCCACAAAAAACCAAACGUUCUCACCUCCCUCUGCUCAGCUGUUUCGAUUCUCGGUCAGUCCCACCAGUCCUGUCAAACUGCACAUGGCUGUCUAAAUGCCCUCUCUCCAACAGGCGCACAUCCCUUCUGUCCAGUGUUUGUGAAGUAUAUGUGCUGUUAAGCUGCUUAAAAGCCUCUCCCUAUGUGGCACUCAUUCAGUCUCAGCCCUUACAGCCAGCUGUUGUGUGGCCAACAACACUCACUGUAUUUCACAGUUUAUCUCUGGCCACUGAAGUGAGAGAGUGCAGAAAUACUUACUUGAUAUUAGGAAGGAUAGGCUUAAUGCCAGCUUCUGAAGGGAUGUGCAACAAUGAUGCUGCCCAAUGAACUUUUCACCAUCUUUGCUGCAGUUCUUGGUUCUGAGAGUGAAUAGGGAGGGCUAUCACUAACACUACAUGCUGUGGAAUCUGCUCCCAACACAUCCACUACAAGUCAGGACUCUGUCAGACCUUUCCUGCACAAGUGAAUUAACUUGCACAACAGAAUCACACUUAAGUUCAAGACGCUAACCUGGUACUGGCCUAUCAAGCUACAUGUCAUUUCUGGCAAACUUGCUCCCACUAAUGUUUCUUAAAAAGAACACUAAAUGGACACUGUAUCCUACAGACUUUAUAUAAAGUCCUGAGACUAUUUUAUCAGCCUUUACUGGGCAGAUUAAUGAUGGAGCAAGAUGUGUCCGUAUUAACAAGUACAUGUUAAACUGCAGAUACAACAAGAAAUUAGGACAGCAAAUUGCAAAGGGACUGGAGUAUGGAAUGAGAAAUCUUUGCUGCACUUGUAUAGGGUAUUAAUAAGGACACACCUAGAAUAGUGUGUACUGUUUUAGUCUCAACACUCAAAAAAAAAAGUAGUUGCAUUGAAGGUAGUGAAAGUUUACUGGACUGGUAUCUGCAUUUGACAAGUUUGGCCAGUUAUAAGAGGAUGAGUUGAAUGGAUCUGCUUUCUCUGGAAUCUAGAAGAAUGAGAUGAUCUAAUUGAAACUUGUAAGAUAAUGAAGCACCCUAACACUGAAAAGUUGUUUCUCCCUGACUGGGAAAACUAGAACAGAGGGAACCAGUUUCAGGAGGCAAGGCUUAACAUUUAGGACUUGGAUGAGAAAUUUCUUCCUGCAAAGGAUUGUGAAUCUUUCAAAUUCUCUAUCUUGAAGGGUUGUUGUUUCUCUAUUAAAUGUGCUCACGAAUGAGGUAGAGAAAUGUUUGAGCUCUCAGGGACUUGAUGGACAUAGAGGGUGGAAAAUUGGAAUUGAGGCAGCAAGUUAGAUAUGAAUCAUUUAAAUGACAGAGCAGUCUUGAUGGGCCACGUGAUCUACUGCUGUUCUACUUGUGUCUUCGUGUUCUCUUCCUCUGUUGUGGCCCUAGUGAAGCAAGUGCAUGCACAUCGCACACACUCCAACAUAUUGGAUUAUUCCUCUGUCUCUGUAGCUGCAGCACUCGAGAAUGCAUUCAAACCGCUAAAUGGAAGUUAUUUUUCUUCAACUUAUAUAUCCUCUCAUGUAGGGAGUUCAGAAAAAAGUGACAAAGCAAUCUCUGAAUGACAGCCAUACUGUUUAGCAUGAUGUCAGGAAGCACUCCUUCACAUGAAGGGGAAUGGGAAUCUGAAACUUUACUCCCCUCAAAUCAGUUGGAGCUUUCAGGACUGAGGUUGAUCUGUUUUAAUUGGGCCAGUGUAUCUAGGUGUCUGGGAAAUAGAUUUAGGCUAUUGAUCAGUCAUGAACUUUUCCUUCUUAAUUAUUGGGAUGUAAACAACAGAAUAGCCUGAGGGACUGAAUGACCAUAUGCCAUUUCACUAUUCCCACAUUAGCACAAGGUACGUUUUGAAAUUCUGAUAGCUGUUUGUGUCUGGAUCAGCAUCUAAUAACAAGAUUGAUCAGUGGCACAACAGCUAAGAGCCCAGUGACCUUCUAUGUAGCUUGAAUAUUCCUACCUUGACGUAAUAUCUAGAAACAGACUCCGAGCCCAACAGUUUGCUACUUUGUUCCAUUCGGAACAAUCUCCCCACCCAGGGUGUGAGUGUCCAGGCUUCUGCUGGUACCAGCCAACACAAUACUGCACCUGUAGGAGAUGGCAGCAUGUGCUUCUGUGUGUCUGCAUGCUUCCUGGUGCUAGGCCAUGCUUGGAAUGUUGAGUGAAAUGUAUAAUCACAGCCAGUACUACUCUGAGCUCUUUAUUGUACAGACUAUUUAUAAUUUGUUAGGCAUUUGAUAGUUGCCUCAUUUGAUGUCAGUAUAGUGUGGAUUCAGAACUUUGGGGUAAAUCUAAGCAGUUUGUAUCACGAGAGGUCCUUUUCUUGAACUUUAACAUUUUAGUUUGAAACUAAAUCAGGUUAAUAAUUCAUUAUAUUUGAACAUUUAAUACUGUUCCAAAUUUGAAAUGUUGGCGGGUUUUAAUAUGCAGAACUUAUGUUCCCACUUGAUGUCCAAAAUUAGGAGUGAGGCAUGGGUUAAGGAAAAUAUAUAAAAUGGUCGAUAAAAUAAUAUACAGAUGUAAAGUUUUUAAACCAUAUAUCUCUUUUAAUUUCUAACGCUGCAAAUCAAGCACUUUUUACAUCAUGUGCAUUCCUUGCAUGGAUUGUAUUUGUACAUCCCUUUCAUACUUUCCCACUGUACUUCCCUUGUGACAAAGAAUCUAAAUCAGUGGAAGUGUUGAGUAUGAAGUUUUUUGAAGAAGGCUCCCGACCCAAAACAUCAGCUGUCCUGUUCCUCUGAUGGUGCCUGGCCUGUUGUGUUCCUCUUGCUCCAUACUUUGUUAUAUCUGAGUAUGAAGUUCCUGUUUAAUUCAGCACUUUAAAACCAGGUUCUUCUUAGUUGUAUUUGCAAAUGCAGUGACAAGUAAGACAGGUAUAUCAGGAAGACAACCUUAAUGAAGUGCUGCAUUAAUGCAAUGCGGGGAGAGAGCUGCGUUAACUCAUACCCCUGUGCAAGGUUUAUUUUUGGUGUGCUUUUGGAUACCUGUUGGAUGUCUUGCGGAUUAAUCCUGAUGAUUAAUCCAGAAUCAUGAACUGUUCUUGUUCCUUUAUGCUCUUGUGCAAGUAAUAUUCAGGCUUGUUCUGAUUGCUACUGGGGUCAUUUAGGCUGUUGUUCCCUAAUUUCUUAUUCCUGCAGAUCCUGAGGUUGAGCAGUCAGGAAAAAGAGAGACAUUCUAGACUUUCAGCUUGUAGUGAGUUGGAUGUUGUCCACACAGUGUUAUUGUUAUUGAUGCUGCACAGAAUGGAUCUUGUUGCUAAGAGCACGUUGCUUAUGUGAAGAGGUUGAUUUUGCCUUCACACCCUUUUCCUCCGCCUGGACCUGAUAUUGGAGAAUCUGAGAGAUCUUCCCAGAACUGUGCAUGCAUUUGAGUGAAUACAAACAUCGGUCACAAGAAUUGCAUAAAAUCGGAGCCUGUUUGUCUGAGUAAUGAACAAGUAAAGAGGUGUGUGUGUGUGUCUGUGUGCAUGCGUGCGCCUGGGGAGAUGCCAUAUAACUAAGUUGUAUACUUCAAAAUAAUCUUCAUGUACAAAAAUUUGCUUCAGAAAUUCUUUUUGACCUAUUUGGUGAGAGUACAGUCGUUGGUGUUUGUGGAAGAGUGCUGCGAUUGUGAUGUGGAAAAGUUGGAGAAUUCCGGUGUCUGUACUGUUAAGGGAUGGAGAAGAGCAAAACUGGCAGAUUUAAUCAGGAGUUAAGAGGUUAAUUUGAUGGCAUUAUGGGGGCCUGCAGUACCUAUAAUCAAAGGGCAUAUUUUACUUGAUCAAACUGCCAUGCAUAAAAUUGUUGAUAUUACACAAAACCAUAAGAAAUAAGAACAAGAGUAGGCCAUUCAGCCCAUUGAGCCUGUUCUGCUCUUAAAUGGGAUCAUGGCUGAUCCAACAUUCCUCAAGUCCACUUUAAUACAUUUUCCCAUAAACCUUGAUUCCCCUACUUAUAAAGAAUCUAGCCAUCUCAAUCCUUAACACAAGGACUCUGCUCCCACAACUCUCUCCUGCAUGUGGUUCCAAAGACACUCUGCCAUGAGAGAAGUAGUUCAUCCUCACUUCAGACAAAUUGGUGCCCUUUUAUUCUGAGAAAUGCCCACUGGUCCUAGACUCUCCCAUGAGGGGGAUCAUCCUCUCAGCAUUUACCCUGUCAAGUCCUUGAAGAAUCCUGUAUGUUUCACUGAGAUCACUUCUCAAUCUUCUAAACUUCAGUGAGUAGAUCCCAAUGAGUUUAAUCCUUGCUCAGCAGACAAUCCCUCCAUAGCAGGGAUCAUCCCAGUGAACCUUUCCUGAACUCCCUCCAUUGAAAUGGUAUCUUUCCUUAAAUAAUACAACUGGACUGUUCUGUACAGGUAUUAACAAGAGAGCUAGAAAAUAGUUAUAGUGAUUGGGGCAGGAGAUGUAGGGAAGAGAGCUGAGUAGGAAUGGUGAUGGUGGGCAAAUGUCUGAAAGUUGUGGAAGCAGAGUUGAUUUUAAAAAAAUCACAUGGACACCUCAUGGACUAUGACUCAUGGUAUCCAAUAGAUAAUGAGCGUGUGAGUGCUGUGUUGGACAUUGCACAAAAGAACCAUGGAGCUUAUACAACCUCAAGGUGUUUUGCAGUCAGUGGUUGAUUUAAAUAGCCAGUGCUGUGCGUGCAAUGGGAAGUGGAUAUACUACGGUAUGAAUGUUCUUUGGAUAAUAGAAUAGCACUACAGGGUGGAAUAGACCUAACAAUUUGCACUAAGCAUAACAUCUGUGAUUUAGAAAAGUUUGGGGAAGUAAUGAAAUGGUGCAGAUUCAGUUAUGGAAAAUCAUAUUUAACUAAUUUACUUUGAAGUGAAAGGUGUUGAAGGCAAUCCAUUUGAUGUUUAUGUGGAUUUUCUGAAGGUAUACAAGAAAGUUGCACAAAAUAGAUUUUUUUAGCAAAAUUCAAGUCCAUUGGAAUAAAGAGACAGGCGGAACAAUUCAAAAUUUGCUUAGGAACAAAAACAGAAUGCAGAGAUGAGCAGUCAUUUUCCAGUUGUGGGUUUGGGAGCCCAUGCUAUUGCCCAGAUUUUUGUUAAUGAUUUAGGUGUGCAGUGCAUAAUUUUGUAAUCUGUAGUUGACAUGAAAAUCAGAAAUGUUGCAAACAAUCAAUGGAGUAGUAACUGAGGAAGGUGAUAUGAGGAGAGACGUGGCAGAUUAAAUCCAAUGUGCAGAAGUUAUGAUAGGGAUACCGUUUGGAAGAAAGCAAUACAAAUAAAAGGUCUGUGUGUAUGUGUACGCAAUUCUUUGAAGGUUACAGGCAAUUUGAGAUGUCUUUUUAAAAAAGCAUACUUGAAUCCAUGGCAUUGUUAUUAUUGGAACGUGGAUGCAAGGAAGUGAUGCUAAAAUGUUAUAAACGAAUAGUUAGGCCCCAGUAGGAGGAACAUAUUAAAUUUUGGAUUCCGCUGUUUAGGAAGGAUGCCUAAGCCUUGACAAGGAAUUACAGGUGAUUUUCAGGAAUGAGGGACUUUACUAGUUAAUGUGAAGAGGCUGGGAUUGUACUGUUCACAGCAGAGGAUAUUAAGGGAGACUUAGUUGAAAUAUUCAAAAUUCUGGAUGAUUUGAUAACAGUAAAUAAAGAAAAACUGUGUGCAGUGGCAGAAAGCAGCUCAUUGCUUCCUUGGUAAAUUAACAGCAGUCAGAACGGAUUUCAAAAAGGAAAGCCCUUGCUUACCAACUUGUUGAAUUUAUUGAGCAGUUUUUAGAGAGUAGAUAAUGGUAAUCAGCAAAUUGAUUUAUCUGGAUUUUGAAAAAGCCUGUGGUACAAAACUAAUAAAAUGUGGAGUGAGGACAAGUAGCAGAAUAGAUGCUGGCUAGUUUCAAUACAAGCAAAGAGUGGGAGUAAAAGGUAAUUAUUCAAAGUGAUACUCCACAAGGAUCAAUGCAUGGGAGCAUUGUUGUUCACAGUUUACAUCUAGGACUGUGGAUCAUUGUUAAAAAAUAAGGGGUCACCCAUUUAAGACAGGUGGACUCUGUUUUUCUCAGAGGGUUGAGUGUCUUUGGAAUUUCCUUCUUCAAAAGACAGUGGAUGCAGAAUCUUUAAAUAUGUUUAAGGCAGGGAUAGAUAGAUCCUUGAUACUGAAGGAGAUGAAAUAUUAUUGGCAAGAUGCAGGAAUGUGGGAUUGAGGUUGAAGUCAGAUCAGCCACCAUCUUACUGAAUGAGACAGAAGGCUGAGUGCCCUGUUCUUGUUCCAUGUUUUGUCUGUGAACACUUUGGACUUUGAAAUCAAAAAUGCAAUUUCUAAAUUUUUGGAUGACUCCAAACUAAAAGAAAAGUUAAUACUUGGGCAGAGGCCAGCACGUUACAUUGGACAUUAAUAAAAGUAUCAAAUGGGAAAUUAUUGGCAAAUGAAGUUUGGUGCAGUUCAAUGAUUGAGAUUAGUUUGGUAAGAAGGAUUUGGAGGUCACUAUUACUUACGUCAGGAGAGGAAUAAAGGGAUCUUGGAGUGCAAAGGUAUUAGUCACCAAAAGAUGCGCUACAGGUAGCAAGGCUAUAUUUUAACGAAAAGCUUCAGCCUUUAUUUCUCGAGGAUAGAAAUGAAAGGUCAGGAAGAUAAUGCUAAAUCUGUUUUGAACUUGGUUCAUCCGAGUGUAAUGUGUGGGUCUGAUCACCAUGUUAUGAAAAGGAUACAGAGGCAUUGUAGAGGUUGCAAGGAUGGUGCCAGAAAUGAGAGUUUACAAAUCAGGAAAGUACUGACAGGCAUUGGGACCCUUUUGGCAAGGAAAAAGGGCUAAGGAAUGACCUAAUUGAGGUUUUUGAACGAUGAAAGGUUUUGGCAAGUGGAUCCAGAAUGUUCCUUCCUGUGGGAAAGUACGGAAUUGGAGGCUGUGAAGAUAAGAUCACUGCCAACAAAUCUAAUAGGAAAUCAGAGGAAAUAUCUUUGCCAGAGAGUAGAAAGAAUGUGGAACCAUUUGAAGCAGUUGUUGAAGCCUAUAUUGGAAGUUGGACAAACAAAUGAGGAAGAAAGGAACUGAGUGGGAUGGGUUUAUAUGAGAAAAGAUUGGAAGUGGUUUGAGUAGAGCAGAAAAACCAGCAUAGAUCAUUUGGGUCAGAUGGUCUGUUUCUGUGACAUGUAUUGUUUGCUGUUUGGGAUGGACAGUAAUUGCUGGCCUUGUUUUUUUAUAAUGCCAUACUUUUUUUAAGAAUUGUCAGUAAUCAGUGGGCGUAGAUUUAAGACAAAAAUAUGGUGACAUUGAGGAGACUUCUCUUUGUGAUUAAUUCAAAAAUGAACCUGUUAAAUGCAAAAGGAAAUAGAUUACAGGGCAAAUGGGAAAGAGAAGGAAUGGAAUUAAUCAAAUAGACCUGCCAAAGAGCUGACACAGGUAGUGUGGGCCAGAUGGUUUGUGCACUGUAUCAUGCUACCAAAGCCUGGUUGCUGGUUACAGAUUAGUAGGUUGCCUGCUGAUGUGGUCCUUACAAUCAUAUUCAGGCUUUGCCAUCUCUUACUCCACACCCACCCAGCUAUAACAUGUGUAUCACACUGGUUGCAGUGAUUGGUGUAGUUGGACAUUAGCUGGAAUUCUGUUCUUCAAAGCUAUAUCUUGUCCAGUUUGCUUUUGAGAUUGUUGGAUGCUACCCAGAAAAUUCUAGGUCAAAAAUUGCAGUUGUUUAUUUUUCUACUUCAGUAAUUACAGAGAGAUUUAUCCACUGCCAGGAAUGAUACCAUGCAGCAUAUGUGGAAUUGCACUGCCAAGGGUUCUUCUAUGCAAGGUACCGUGCCUUACAGUGCAUUACCGUGCAGUGCAAGAGCUAAUACUAGUAUGUCCCAUGCAACACCGGGAAGAGCCAAGUGUGCCUUUAACCCGGAAGCUGUGGAUUAUACCAGGGUAUUCUGUUACAGAAAGUAGUUAACUUCUCACCCUGCCUGUGGCAUUCUUUGGAUUUGCUUUCUCUUGAGUUCAUGUAUUUGCUGAUUGUUUGUUCAGUUUAAAGCUAUCAUUGAUCCUUUGUAGAUCAAAGAAAUACAAUGUAAAUUAGGGAGCCUUGAUCAUUAAAACAAUUCUUACUAAGGUCCUCAGUCGCUAUUAGAAAUCCACAGUGCAGUUCUUCACAUUAGAUACUAAACAGUUCUGCUUUUGUACGUUGAAAAUUUGAAAAGAUUCUUAUGCUGUAAUCUCUGAAAUUUCUUGGCAUAUUUUAAACCCUGUUUAGAGGAUUACACCUAAAAAAAAACCAGGGUGUAUGAUUGAACAGUAGGUGUAAAAUCAUUUGGUGUUCCUUUUUGACUGGGGUUUUAGAUUAGAUUUUGGGCCAUGAAGUAAUUUACAGUUGGUCUAGACUUGAGAAAAUGAAGCUUUUCUGCUCAUCUCCAUUUCUUCAUCAAGUAUGGCAUGUUACCCAAAACUUCUCACUAGGAUUUCUGAUCUUUGUGAAUGGAUGUUUAUGAAAAUGAACCAGAAAUGGUACAAACCUCACAUAGAUGCUCAGGUAAUAGAACACGGUUCAUUGAUGUCAACUUUUCUUGCCUUAAUUCUAGGGGUAUUCUUUAUUUUAACCUUUUUUAACCAUCUGUACUAUCAGGAGCCCGUACGGUUACUUUUAUGCUGAGAAAUCUCACAAUAAGAUGAGGACCUUUUUAUAAUCAUCCUGAAAUAUUGACUCUUGCUGAGAGAAAAGAGACCUGCUGUCAAAGAUUUUCAUUUUGAUCAAGGAUGUCAAAGUUUCAAUAAGAACCAUUCAUGCUACAUGUGAAAAGGGGCCUAAUUGGUUGACAAGUUAGCUGAUCAAUACAUUGCCAUGGAGAAUGCAUCAUUAUCCUGACACUUUUCCUUAAUUUUUUAAAAGGUACAAUGCCUGGGCUCAAUUAUUUUUCUUGCAUCAGUCCUGAUGCAUGCAGUAUGAGAAGCCUUGACAGUAUGUUCCUUUUUUGACAGUACUUGAGCACUGCAUAACAAAGUGAUAAUUGAAAUGAUUAUUCCGGUUAGGAUACAUUUGCUUGACUUGGAGAUAACCUCAGAUUUCCCUAUUUGCUCGUCCAUCUUCCAAAUUAGCAGGAAUAUGCACCAAAGCUUGAGCAAUUCACACACUCUCAGACUCAGAAAAUUGAUUGGCAGCAAAACCUUUCUUUCCAUGGAGAUACGGCAAAGCAGCUUCCCCAAGAAUGCCAUUUUAAUCAGAUUCCGCCCACGAAUCCGUCAACAUUUAUUUAUUUUUCUGAUGUCUUGGUUUUUCUAAAUAAACUUGGAAAUUUUGAAGUGGAUUUCAGGUAUAAUGCAAACCAUAAAUUGUACUGACUGACUGACUGUCAAAGGAUCUUCAUUUUAACUUGUAAAUGUUUUUUAAAGGUUAUGUUUGUGUGAGGCUUCUGUCUUUGUAAAUGAAAUGUAAUUAAAGUUCAACAGU